AACUCAUCGGUGAAAAAUCGAUGAAUGGAUCGAAUUUCUAUUUUAUUGCAAGAAUUUAAUAUCGAAAAAAAUUAUUCAUAUUAAAGGUCAACAUAAUUGUUUAGCUGAUUAUUUAUCUCGUCAUCCAAUACAAAAUGAUGAAGAAAUAUUUGAUGAGGAUUAUAGCAUAAGCAUGUUAUUUCAGGGGGAACCACCAGAGACGGUGCAUGCUCCUGUCAAUCAUCCUCCAGUUAUUGGUGCUGUUGUUACGCGUUCAAAAAUGAAACAAAUACAACAACAACAAAAUGAAAAUGACAAAAUUACACCACACACUGUAAAUAAUAUAUCAACGGCGUCAAGUAAAGACAAAAUUGAACAUUCAAAUAAAUCUCCAUCACACUUAAUUACGUCUAACAAUUUUGAUAUAACUCAAAUUAAACUUGAACAGUCAAAAGAUUCAAAUAUUCAGAAGAAGAUUAAAGAAGUUAUGCAAGAUCCAACAAAACAUUCUUAUGUAGUUACAGAUGGUUUAUUAUAUAAAUUGGUAUUAAUGAAUGUUGCUAGUAAUAAUAAUAAGAAAUGGUCAUUUUGGCAUUCAGCGAACAUAUUUAAAAAAUUAAAAAAUAAAUUCUGGUGGCCAAAUAUGAAACAAUCAAUUAUUCAACAUAUUCAAUCUUGUUUACCUUGUCAACAACAUAAUAUUAGUCGUACAAAGAAACCAGGUCGACUUAAUUCAAUUCCAACUCCAGAGGAACUAUUUCAAUUAACAGGUAUUGAUUAUUGUGGUCCGUUCAAACCAACACCUCGGGGAUGGAUGACUGCAAUAGCUUUACCUGAUUGUUCAGCACAAACCAUGGUUCAAACAUUAUUUAAUAAUUAUAUUUGUCCAUAUGGUGUACCAUUAGCUAUAUUAUCUGAUCAAGGUACUCAUUUUAAAAAUCAAUUUAUGGAAUCCAUAGCAAAAUUAAUUGGUUACAAUCAUAUUUUUUCAAGUGUUUAUCACCCACAAAAACCACGUUUACCUACUAAUGAACCUUCAUCAGCAUUUACUUUCAAUAAACCAAAUGAUUAUUAUGUACAAUUGAAAAAAAAUCUGUUGAUAAUACAACAACACGCACGUGAUAAUAUUAUUCGUCGACAACGACAAUACAAGAUUAAUUAUGAUAAACAAUGUCCAGAUCCACAUUAUGAAAUCAAUGAUCCAGUACUGAUUAAAAUUCAUGGAAUAAAGAAAAAAUUAGAACAAAAAUAUUCGAUUACACCAAAAAUAAUUAUUAGGAAACAACAUCCAAUUGAUUGGGCCAAACAUGAAAAAACACAGGUCGAAUCCAGAGUACAUGUUAAUGAUAUUCGACCUAUCCUUAUUUUAAAAUCAACAUGA